AUAUACCCCCCCCAUCCCCAGCACCGCCAUGGCCGACGAGCUCGACUUCACCACGGGCGAUGCCGGCGCCUCCUCCACCUACCCCAUGCAGUGCUCGGCGCUGCGCAAGAACGGCUUCGUGGUGCUCAAGGGGCGCCCCUGCAAGAUCGUGGAGAUGUCCACCUCCAAGACGGGCAAGCACGGCCACGCCAAGGUCCACUUGGUUGGUAUUGAUAUCUUCACCGGUAAAAAAUACGAAGAUAUUUGCCCAUCGACUCAUAACAUGGAUGUUCCAAAUAUCAAGAGGAAUGAUUACCAGCUGAUAGGUAUUCAGGAUGGGUAUCUCUCCCUGCUGACGGAAAGCGGUGAAGUUCGUGAGGAUCUCAAGUUGCCAGAAGGGGAUCUGGGCAAAGAAAUAGAAGGAAAAUUCAAUGCCAAUGAAGAUGUGCAGAUAUCUGUCAUAAGUGCAAUGAAUGAAGAAUGUGCUGUAGCCAUAAAGCCUUGCAAGUAAAGAAGAUCGCCAGGCUCGGGCAACUGCUCAGGUUUUUGUAAUCUACAGUGUACCCAGAAAUGGUGCACGGUCUGUAGUUUCACAGAGCAGAUAAUUUUACAUAAUCUGUAAAGAAGUCAAGUUUGUUGACAGUUCAGACUCUUAUGGUUACUGCAGGUCAGUCUCACAGAACUCAAAAUUCAAUAAAUCCCACUUUUUUUCCUUUUUUUUUUUUUUUAA